AAUAUUAAAAGAAAUUAUAAAUUUAUUUUUACAAUAUGAUAAUAUUUAUGCAUUUUCAAGUUUAGUUGAAUCAUUUAAUUUAUUUAAAGUGAAAGAGAAAUAUUUAAUUAAAUCAAUUAAAUUAAAAGCAUUUAAAAUUUCAAAUUAUUUAUUUAAUCAUUUUUUUAGUAAUAGUAAUAAUAUUAAAAAUAAAAUUAAUCAAUUAGAAAUUUGGAAACAAACAAUUGAUUGUAAUAUUAAUAGUAAUAGUAAUAUUAAUAAUAUUGAAAUUGGUAGUGGAGAUAAUAAUAAUAAUAAUAUUAAUAGUACUAGUAGUAGUAGUGGUUUAGAUAAUAAUAAAAUUUUUAAAUUUUUAGUUAAUCAAUUAAAAUUUGAAAUUCCAAUUAAUUUAGUAUCAACACCAAAUUUAUUAUUACCAUCAUCAACAUCACCAUCAGCACAACCAAUAUUUUAUUAUAAAUUAGAUUAUUUUAUUUAUAAUGAAACAUUAGAAACAUUAAUAGAUUCAUGUAUUACAAUCGCAUCAUUAGGUUUAAAUUUAAAAAAUAAAAAUAAUUUAAAUCAAAUUUGGGAAUUAAGAAAAUUGAAAAUUUUAAAAAAGAUUAAUUCAGAUUCAAAAUCAAAACAAGAAAAUGAAUCAAAAUAUAAAAUUAAUUAUGAAGAAGUUCAAGAUAUUAAAUUUUAUAAAUUUUUAGAAAGUUAUCAAGAUGAAACUUUUGAAACUUUAUCAUUAUUAGAAAUUAAUGAAAUAAAGAAUAAAUUUACUCAAGAUCAAUUAUCAACAAUUUUAUUUAAAUUUAAAUUAGGUUGUAAUAAUAGUAGUAGUAAUAAUAAUAAUAAUAAUAAUUUUAUAUUUGAAAAAAAUGUUGAAAGAAUUAUUAAAAUGUUAUUACCAUUUUUUGGAGAUGAAGAUUAUAUUCAAAAUUAUUCAUUUUAUUUAUUAAUGUAUAAAUGUGUAACAUUAGAACAAAAUGGUUAUAAUAAAGUUAAAGAAGAUAGAUUCUAUUCAAGAAUUUUAGAUGAAAUGAUUCAUAAAGAGGUUGAAACGAUUUUAUUUAGAUUUUGUAGUGGUAGAUUAAAUAGACAAAUUCAAUAUUUAAAAGAUUAUGGAAGUAUUUCUGGUGGUGGUAUUGGUGGUGGUGGUCGUUCAUUCACAAUUAAACAUUACUUUAAAACUCUUUUAAAUUUAAAUUCAGAUAUUCAAUUAGUUCAAUGGUUUUUAAAGAAUUACGAAAUGAAAUUACAACCAAUUGAAGAAGAUUACCUAUUUUAUUCAAUCAAUCCAAAUCAACAAACAGAUGAUAAUAAUAAUAAUAAUAAUAAUUAUAAUAAAUAUUGUUGUGGCGAAAAAGAAAAUGAAUUACAAUUAUUUAAUUUUUUAAUUGAAAAUUUAAAAUCAAAUAUUAAUAAUAGUUUACUUAAUGAUAAUAUUUUAAGAAUUUUAUUCACUAAAAGAGUUGAUUUAUUAAACCAUUUAAAAAUAAAUUAUCCAAUUGAAUAUAAAUUAAGAUUAGAUAAAUUUGAAUUAAAAAUACCACAAAACUCAAUGGAAACAAAAACAAAAAAUGGUUAUUCAAGUAUUACUCUUGAGGCAGUAAACUUUUUAGUAGAGAAUAUUGAUGAUUUUAAAGAAAAAUUCCAAAAGCAAUUACUACCUCAUGUAUUUAAGAAAAGAGAUGAAUCUGUCGAAACUAGAAUAUCAUAUGUUCAAUCAAUAAUUAGAAAUCCAAAGAAACUAUUUGUAAUUUUUAAACACGGUAUUCAAAGAUCAUUACUACUAUUCAACUAUUACGAAACUGGUAAACUAUUUUACAAUUCACCAAACAUUUCAGUGAUCCCAAAUACAAGUAUUGGCGGUAUCUCUGUGAAUGAUCAUGAAUUAAUUGUGGAUGAUAUCGUUUGUAAAUGUGAUACAAAAGGUAUAGAUUUAAUUAUAAAUUCCAAUCAAAGUCAAUUCAUUGAAAGAUUAUUAUAUUUAUCAACUCUAUAUUCUCAAUUAAAAGUAUUUCAAUAUAUAAAAUCAACUUAUUCAUUAUUGUCAUCUCUUGCUCAACCAUUAAUUGAAAUUUUAGUAACUUUAGCAUUAGAUUGUAAUCAUAGAUUUUUAAUAACUUAUUUUAAGGAUACUUUAAAUUUUGAUUCAAAAAAUUAUAAAUCAAAAUGUAAAUCAUUAAUUAUGUAA